GUUUGAACCCACACAGGUGCCUGGGACUGCUGUGCCGGCCGCCAUCUCGCUCCCAAGCCCGGCACCCUUCAGAAACCGCUGGAUAUUCUUUUGGGGCAGCAAGGCAGCCCGUCCUGCAAUGACCCAGCAUACCUGAGGCCUGGCAGCUGUGGGGAUGGAGCUGAAGGUCUGGGUGGACGGGAUCCAGAGGGUCGUCUGCGGCGUCUCGGAGCAAACCACCUGCCAAGAAGUGGUCAUCGCCUUGGCACGGGCCAUCGGUCAGACGGGCCGCUACGUGCUGGUGCAGAAGCUGCGGGAGAAGGAGCGGCAGCUGCUGCCGCUGGAAUGCCCCUUGGAGUCGCUGGCCAAGUGCGGGCAGUAUGCCAACGACGUGCAGUUUGUCCUGCGGCGGACAGGCCCCAGCGUGGCCGAGCGGCCCUCCUCAGAGGGUGUUCCCCAAGCUCCCGAGAGGACGUUCAUGCGGGCCAGCUUGCCCAUCAAGCCCAGGCCCGCCGGCACCGAUGUACCCCAUUCCCGGGAGUCAAAAAAAUCCAUGACUUUCAACUUGGGUCCUACAGGUUCUGGCGACCUCUUUGCCGUGAGCCGCUGGAGGCACCAAGCACGGGAAGGGAUGGACCUGGAGGGCGGUGGGGUUGUCCAAGCCUCCAAAGAGGAGCUGUUCAGGAGGGUGCUGCGGCAGCAGGAGCAGCUGCAUUCCUUAGAGGCCCACGGGGACACCCUGGAGACGGACCUACGGCUCUGGGAGCGCAGCCGGCUCACCGGGCAGGAGGAUGAGAUCCUCUACCUGGAGCACCUGGUGCGGAGGAAUGAGACAGAGCUGGGUGAGGAGGAGUUUUGGCAGAGCGAGCUCCAGCUGGAGAAGGAGUGUGAGCGGGAGCGGCAGGAGCGGGUUAGGAGCCUGCGGGCCAGCCUGGAGGAGUACACACAGAGGAUCUACGAGCUGAGCGCCCGGACUGAAGCCCUGCAGGAGGAGAUCCAGUGGGAGAUGGCUGAGAGGGCCAAGAGGGGGAAGGAGACCUCUGCGCCCAGCCCCACAGAUCUGGAGGACAUGGCUGCCAAGAUGAAAAGAGACCUGGAGGCCAAGGUCAAGCAAGGCACCCAGCUGGAGAGCAACCUGGCCAGCGUGGAGAAGGCCCUGGAGGAAGCUGAAAGGAACCUGCAGGCCCAGACCCAAGAGCUGGAGGAAUUAAAUAAGGAGCUGAGGCAGUGUAAUUUGCAGCAGUUUAUUCAGCAGACGGGGGCCACGGUGACCGUCCUGCAGGCCAGGCCCGAGGAGGAUGCCCAGCCGGAGCCGAGCCCGCGCGAGCUGCCAGCCUGCCGGAGAAACGGAGGUUUUCCUCCCGCCACCGGCACCGACUCGCCUCCCCGCACGAGCACCAAGCAGCUCCUCAGCCAUCCCAGGACCCUGCCAGAGCCCCUGGUGUCCAGCCUGAACCCCGAGGUCGUAUCAACCAGGCAGAGCAUCUGGAGGUAGAAGGGCCUGGCCAGCGGAGGAUCAAUUGCCUUGCAAGUGUAACUGUAUAAAUAAACCAUAUUCUAUAUAUAUAAAUAUAUAUAUAUUUUUUACUGCUUUAUAUUGUGAAUGGAUGUGGACGGCCAGAUGGAGUAUUUUUACAGACUGUAAAAUAAAAACAGAGACCAACAACACAAAGCAACCCUCUUCCCCUGCGGAUGGAAGCGACCCCCUUCUAUAUUAUUUUUUUUUUUUAAAGUGCUUUCUAUACUCAGCAGAAAACAGUGGUGCUCCUGUUCCCUGUAGCCUCCUCAAAAGACCUGUCGUGCAUUGAGAAAAGUCCUUGCUGCUUUGAGUAGGGAAGCAAAGCUGUGGUGGACCCCUGCCUGGAGGCUCACCUGGAUGGAGCAAGUUAACAAGUUUUACAGCAUCUCCCUGCAGCAAGCGGGGCCAUGACAAACAGCUUCUUCACUGCCUGCAGGGGAGGCACAAGAGCAGCUCUAAGACAAAUUUCUGCCCCCCUCUUCUUUUUAUUGUUAUAAGAAACCUGUAGUAGAAACCCCCUUUUCACAGUGUCACGGACCAGGCUUCAGGGGAAUGGGGAACACACAGUGGGGUUUUGUUUUUCUUAAAUCCACUUAAUUUUUCAACUUGUUUCUAAAAUAAAAAAAUCACAGAAUAAGCCCUUCCCUGGUGGUGGUGUGGGUGGGUGGCAGGACCAAAAUACUCUUGGUGACACUUCACUUUUCUUUUUUUGUUUUUUUUUUUUUUUUUUUUUUAAUCGAUGGCCAGUAGUUACUCUCAGUUUUUAUUCAUCUGUCCUAGUGGGUCACCUUGUAUUUUAAUUGUGAAACCAAAGCAGUUUGGGGAGGGGAUGGGUUUGUCCAGGAAGUCCCCGAGUCUGAUCUCAAUGCGUUGUAAGCAAAAAAUGUGACUCGGGCACAGUGUUUGCCGUAAAACCCUGCUUUCCCCGUACGAAUGUAAUACUGUGUGCCGCGGUUCCAAUUUUCAAUAAAUUUUUGGGAAAGUACUUGA